AAGACGGUGGUGAUCACAGGAGGCUCCCAGGGUAUGGGACGAGGCCUCGGGAAACUUUUGGCUUCGAAAGGUGCCAAUAUUGUGAUCGUUGCAAGAACUCAGAAGAAGCUCGAUGAGGCAUUGAAGUACAUCUCGGCUGCCGCGAAGAACCCACAAGCUCAGCGGUUCCUCGCGAUAAGCGCCGACGUGACAGACCCAGAUGAGAACACUCGCAUCAUCAAGGAGGUCACUGCCUGGAACCACGGGAACCCCCCUGAUGUUGUAUGGGCAAAUGCUGGAAUGAGCGAACCUCGACUCUUCUUGGAUACUCCGGUGUCCGUGCUGCGAUCACAAAUGGACGUCAACUACUUCGCCGCUGCGUAUCUCGCUCAGUCGACACUAAGAUCCUGGCUCGAGCCGGCCAACGAGCGAUCAACAGCGAGGAGUCCCAAGCCGAGACACUUUAUCAUGACAUCCAGCACCGUCUGCUUUGUGGGUGUGGCUGGCUACGCACCGUAUGCCCCUCCAAAGUCUGCAAUGCGUUCACUAGCAGACACAUUACGAUCAGAGGUGAACCUCUACAACGGAGCUCGACGUAAAGAUCCCAUCAACGGACCACCGGCCGAUAUUAAGAUCCAUUGUGUAUGUCCCGGUACAAUCACGUCUCCUGGCCAUCAAAAUGAAGAGAUCAGCAAGCACGAGGUCACCAAGAUACUGGAAAAGGACGACCCGGCGCAAACUGAAGAUGAAGUCGCUACGGCUGCCGUGCUGGGACUCGAGAGGGGAGGCUACUUGAUCACGACUCAGCUUCUCGGCCAUGCCAUGCGAGCCAGCGCUUUGGGAGGCAGUCCUCGAAACAACUGGUUCGUUGAUACUAUCUUUUCGUGGAUCACUGCCAUUGCUUGGCUGUUCAUCGGCCCAGAUCUGGAGGGCAAAGUAUUCACAUAUGGAAAGAAGCAUGGCGCCGCAGCCUCAAAAUAA